AUGCCAGAUGUGACAGGGUCCGUUCGGCUGUAUGCCGCGCACACGCGCUUGGCAUUUCCUGCUUGGCGUGCUGCUGUCGGUUCAAGAGGCUUCUGCCCAACGUCAAGCUGGAGGUCGCAUUUGAUGUUUGGCGAGAGACACGGAGGUGGGUGGGCUCUGGGGAAGAGGUCCUGGCACGCUUUGAGGCGCAACAGGAGCAGCACUGCCAAACGAAGCCAAAACAAUAAACAACCCUGCAGGUUCAGUUCUGGGGGUGGUUGCGUGUCGUGUUUUUCAGGGUUUCGUGUUUUUUUGUGCUGGAAAAAACGCUUAUUGGUAAGGCGUUUAGCUAGGACUGGUUCUGAUGCUUUGAUUAUAAAAUAA